AUGACUGACUUACAAGGUUUGGAGCCUUCUGAAGAAGAUGAGCGGAAGGAUCAUCAAUAUAUAGCCGAGCUCACGGGACAUUAUCCAGUAUGGAAUUCUGCCGUACCCUGGACAGCAUAUAGAUCUCAAGGUGGACCAUUCGGCUGGGAGACGGAGGAACAACGAAGACAUCCUGAUAUUAAAGAAUACUACAUCAAUGCCGACAUACGCCAGAGUCCGAGUACUUACCCUUGGACAAGUCAACAGCUGGAUUUCACAGGGGAUCUUUGA